CUUUAACAAAAUGGAGGAAGAUGACGUGGAAUCGGCAACACCGGCGGAAUCGCAAAAACUUUUGCAAAAAAGCGUUCGAAAUUCGUUUGACGAGAGAGAUAUGGUGAUGGUGUUGGACAAUGAUGAAUUAAUUAUGGAAAAUCGGAAUAGCAGUAAUCUACAAAGCCCAUUGCGGAGUGUUACUGAUGUGCUCCGAGAGGCAGAAAAUAUUAUCACUGACGGACCGCUGCAGUUGGCUGAUACACAAGAGAAUCAGAAUGUGAUUGUUGAUCAAGUCGAUGUUCAAUUUCCGAAUAGUCAGCCAUCAGAUGGUCAACGAUUUGAGAUUAUUGUUCGUCAUAGUAAGGUUGUUGAACAGCCUGCAAGUCAGCAAAGAGACGAAUCAAUGUAUGUGACAAGGCAGAAUAGGCUUCCAACUUUGCUUGAAGGAAUCGAAAUUGACAAUGGAGAUGUCCCAUCAACGUCUAAAGCAGCCGCAUUACCAUUCAAAAAAGGACAUCGUCGAGCAUGGAGUAUGCCGAAUGCAAAAGGAGAAAAGAUGACAGUUGCAGUUAUUCAUGAUAAUCAUGAAGAAGGUGGAAAUCAGCAUCGUCGACGAAUUGUCAAAUACAAAUUACAUCCACAACGUCGGGGACACGAAGAUGGAAAACAUUUGAGAUUUGUUACUGCUGGACAUGAUGCGGAGAUUCAUUUGGAUCAUAGUGAUGAUGAUGAUGAGCUUGAAGUUGAGAUUAAUGAAGAAGAAGUUAUUAUUCCUAGCGAAACUGGAGAAGGACCAAGAGCUGUUAUCAAGAGGUUCUGGGAAGCCCGCUGGAAGGCAACAAAUUUCGAAACUCUACCCGAAUGGCUUCAAGAUAACGAAUACCUCCGUACAGGACAUCGUCCUCCACUUCCAUCGUUCAGUAGCUGCUUCAAGAGUAUUUUUGCAUUGCACACUGAAACAGGAAACAUUUGGACUCAUAUGUAUGGAUGUGUUGCGUUCUUCGGUAUCGGAAUAUGGUUUCUGACUCGUCCCCAUGAUCAAAUGCAAUGGGUGGAGAAAUUGAUCUACUCGGCGUUUUUCCUCGGUGCAGUGAUAUGUCUUGGAAUGUCAUUCCUUUUUCAUACGGUUGCAUGCCAUUCUAUUGAAAUGGCUAAACUGUUCAGUAAACUCGAUUACACUGGGAUUUCCUUACUCAUCGUUGGAUCAUUUGUUCCGUGGAUCUAUUUUGCAUUCUACUGUAGACCUCAACCAAUGAUAAUAUACAACGGAAUGAUUAUUAUACUUGGAAUCGCUGCAAUGGUCGUCUCGCUUUGGGAUAAAUUCGCGGAGCCCAAAUUCCGGCCUGUACGAGCAGCAGUUUUCAUAGCAAUGGGCCUAUCGGCUGUGGUCCCAGCAUUUCAUUUACUUGUAGUUGACGGUGUUCAUUAUAUGGUUGAGGAGUCACAAGUUCAUUUGAUGAUUAUGAUGGGAGCCAUGUAUAUUGGUGGUGCAACACUCUAUGCGACACGUGUACCUGAGAGAUGUUUCCCUGGAAAGUGCGAUAUUUGGUUCCAAUCGCAUCAACUCUUUCACACAUUUGUCGUGCUCGCCGCUUUUGUUCAUUAUCACGCGAUCUCCCAAAUGGGAAUGCAUAAGCUCAUGAAAGGAUCCUGCCCGGAUCAACUGAAAACUCGUUACGGUAACGAGUUGAAUCCUUCCUUCGUUGGCACUUUGCUUGGGCUCGACGAGCCACUCAAUGUCAGAGACUGGACACCGGCGGAUGUUGGUUUAUGAGAAACCUCUGCACAAUAUGUAUAGUUGCGUAUAUAUGCUCUUCUUGAAGCUGCUACAACCCUCUUCAUACUAUCCUUUUUCUGCUCAUUUUCACCAUUUUUUUUUCCAUUUUCUUUCAAAUUACCUGGUUCCCCUUCCCCACGCUCCUCAACUAUCUGUCGAAACAUUCUCAGCUAAAAUUCCAAUGUGAUAAAUUCUAUACACUCCUUUUUUCAUUUUAUUCCCCCUUUUCGUUCCGUUUUCUUCCAUUGAAAUUAGUUUUCUUAUUAUUCUUUUCUUGUUUUCGCGUUCUCCUUCAUUUUCUCGGAACCAGAUUUGGUUUUUUUAAACUUUAACAUUGAACUUUUCGAGCUUUGUUUUUUUUUUCUUUUUCGUAUUUUAUGAAUUUCAUUUUACUGUGUAGCCCAUUAUUCUAUUUUCGUGUGAGUGUAGUCGUCUAGGCGAUUUAAAAUAAAAUUUUCGAUUUU